GCUUAGCCCAGCUCUACUGUUUUUAAUCUCAUCCCAGUUGGGUUUUAAUUACAGAUCCAGAAUCUCAAAGACUGUAAUCCAUUCGGACUCGAGAUCAUUAAACCGACCCUUUUUCAACUUGAUCGCUUUUCGGUGACUAUAUUCCAAAAUGUCAGAUAAUGGCGAAAGGACUCUUAAGGAAGGCAGCAUGGUGGGUUUAAUCUGUGACGACGGAGUGAUUAUGGCCACCAGUUCGAGGGACCAUCUUUUUUACCUCCUGGAAGAACGCAUUUACUGCUGUGCCCCUCGUUCUGGAAUUGAACGCAAAAAAAUUCUGGAUGUGGGCGUGAAGGUGGACUACCUAACCCGUGAGUUGGGACAAAAGAUGACGGUGGCCCUGGUGCGGGACUUGUUGUGCCAGAAGUUCGAAUACGACGAGUCCGUGGAUGUCCUGCUGGGCGGCCAGGAUGAUUUGGGCCUCCAUAUCUACAGUUUGAAAGCAAAUGGAGGAUCCAGGCGGGUGAUAUAUGCAGCAAAAGGCAAAGAAUCUGAUGACGCAGUGGCUUAUUUGGCGGAGCACUGGAAGGAGUCCUUGUCACUGGACGAAGCUGAGCAGUUGGCUCGGGAAUCACUCAAAUUGGAGGACAAUGACUACGUGGAGAUAUGCGUCAUCAAUAGGGCUGAACAAACAGAGGAACCAGCUUCCGAUGAGGAUAACUAGUCUGGCAGAUCGCAGACCAGCAAUUGGUAGAUCCUUCAUUUACCUUCUAUGUAGUAGUUAAUCGCAUCAUUCCCUUUUCACGUUGAAAUAAAUGAAUUGUUAA